AUGAGUAGGCACUUAAUGGCAAACCCACUUCAAUGUCGCGAUGAUCGACGCGGGAACGCGCGCGACUAUCGCGCCACACCACGCGGGCAAGUCUCGACGAGAAUUAUUGUUUCAAAUUCGAUUUCAGCGAGUCGCUAUUCAACCUACACGCUCUUCAUUAUUUUCGCCACUAUUAUUUUGUUUCAAACGACAAAACGGGACGACACAAAUUUGGAAACUAAGACAGUUUAUGGAAAAACGCAAAUUUUCCCACAAGGCGGUCAGGAAGUGACACUUGAAAAUGUCAAGUGGAACAUCGAGCCGAUUCAGAAUAUUAUUCGAAACAUUGAAGAGCUCGAUGGAGCCAAAAGAUACCUCACAUCCGAUUUUGACUAUAGCAAUGGAAUGGGCAAUCAGAUGUUCCAAUUCGCCGCGCUUUUCACAUUAGCCGAAAAGCACAACGCCACAUUGAUUGCUCCCGAUGAUCUUGUGCUCCGUCGAGCAUUUUCGUUCAACAACCAGAAAAAUGUGCAAUUUGCUUCGCGAUCGGUCAUCGCGGAGCUCAGCGAACAAAUGAAUUCGUUGAAAUUCACACAAAAUGUGAAAUCAUUCAUGGAAGAUGUCGGAGUAUCAUUGGCAAUUCGAUCUGGAAUUGUAAUCGAUACGAACGUGGCAAAUGACGAUCAGACAAUCCAAGUGGAUCCGAAAGACGCGUUGGCGAAUACGAUGACUGUCGGAAUACACGUCAGACACGGAAUCGACAUCGCAAUGAAUUCGAGGAAUCAGAGGCACGGUCACGUCGCGGCUCCGAUCAGCUAUUACAAGAAUGCGAUGAAGCAAAUCAGCGAAAUAUACGAAAGUGUAGCUUUUAUCAUCUGCACCGAUGACAUCUACUGGGUUCGCCGUUAUCUUCGACCUGACAAGAAUUCCAAAUACUAUUAUUGUCCGGGUCCACGUGAAGUGGACAUGGCGAUCCUGGCUUCCUGCGAUACAAUCAUUAUGUCAACGGGUACAUUCUCGUGGUGGUCCGCUUAUCUGAAUAUCAAUGCGUCACCAAAUGUCUAUUAUUAUAAACAUUGGCCAAGAGAAGGCAGCGCAAUGGAGAGAAUGCUCAACAAAUCAGAAUAUUUCCUUCCAAACUGGGUUGCAUUGGAAUAA